AUGAACAAUUUCAGCAAUAAUUACUCCUUCUCAUCAUCCGCAAACAGCACAAGUUUAAACGUUGGAAUAGGAGGCGUUCCUGCAUCGUCAAGUAACGACAGUUAUUCAUAUUUGAAUACAUCCGGAUUGCACUCUUCGGAAUUUUCUCCCUCUGUAACUUCCACCAAUGUCAUUAAUCAACGAAUAGUGGAUGGAGGAAAGCCUUCAUCGUUUGUAAAUAAUUAUUACAAUCAAUAUUUGUUCGGGAACGACGACAAUAAUUCAGAGGAAGAAGAAGACGAUAUUCUGCUGCCUUUCAGAAACGCUGUUGUUUAUAGCCGUUCAGAAGAUCACCAACGACACUCAAAACAUGUUUUUGAAUUUCUUGUGACAUUACUUUGCUUGAUACCAACAACAAUUUUCAUGACAACGUGUACUAGUAUUUAUUUACAAAUUAAUUCCAUUAGUGGAGGCGACUCUGUACAACUAGAAAAGAAUCUCGACAAUUUUUUGCAUCCUCAUUUACUCUCUAUCAAUGCUUUAAUAACCACUAUUGAAUUUAUCAAAUUUGUGGUGGUUCUACUUUUUUCUGCAGUGUUUGCUUUUGGUAUUAAGGUCUAUACUUUUGAUAGCCAGUUAACGGGGGGAAUUAAGAAGAACCACAAAUUCUUUCAAUGUUUUCAAGAGAAUCUAACAGGAAAUCCAUUUUGUUGUCUUGUAGGGCUCAGUUGUUGCGUUUUAACCGGCUAUAUCAUUUCUAAUAUUUUACUAUCCUAUUUAAAUAUUUCGUUUUUUAUCACAAGCAUUACUCCAGAAUUUUCACAUGCCACCAAUCUGAAAAUAUCGUUCCUGAUUAAUUUUGUAGAUUGGAUUUUGUUUUUGACGUACUUUUUAGUAUUUUACAAACUUCAGCAGCGUCAACAAAAACUCACUCUAGAAAUACACGAAUCUACUGAUGAUGAAUAUUACGAAAGUGAUCACGAAAAUAACGGUUUUACAUCUCGUUCCUCUUCAGAUACCACAGCUUAA